GUUGCAUUUCAUUUUGUAGUCCGGAAUAUUUGUACGUACACAUCCAUCCAUUUCAUUCGCCUCUGCUGAAUGCCAUGGGAUGUGUGUGAGUGAAUCGAUACACACAAUAAGACAGACACGUACGUACGGCAAUUCAGCCCAUGCACUCAUACUGAUGUGUAGUCUAUAUGGGUGGCCAUUGGAAAACACGUUCGUUCAUCGAUCCGAUCGACAAACCGAAGGCACUUGGCUGCCUGCCUUUUGUAUGUCACCCAACACAACCAACACACCACGGUACACGCGCUGCACUCUCUCUAGCUCUCUCGUCACAAACGGAAUCUCCUGACGCCCUCCGGCACGUCGUACCUGCCCGCCUGCUUCUUCACCGCCACCUCUUUCUUGGCCUCCUGCAGCCAUCCCAGCCACACGCGGCACAAGCUGGAUGGAUGGAUGGCCAGAUUGGUGGCUCGGCUCAUUCACCGACAGACCUUGAGAAGCACUUGGUUUUCCUUCUUCAUCGUGCGCACCAGUUUCUUGGCGUCCUUGACAGCCUUCUUGCGCUCACUGCAAGCCAGGCACAGCACACACCCACACAAGUAUCUAUCUGUGCUGACUGACUUGCUGUCUGUGUGUUGGUUGCCUCCCUCACCGCCUCUCCUCGGCCGUCUCGCCCUUGCGUCUGGUCGUAUUGACCUCUGGCAGCUGCAGCAGAUCGCCCUCGGGGAUGGGCGGCGGGGCGCCACGGGAGCCAGACGACGCACCCGUAUAGUCCGCAGGCAGGUCACGACGACUGUACACACACACACACACGCACACCUCAUUCGACAGUCGAGAUGCAUGCACCAGCAAUGGGCAUGUCCGAUGGCUAACGUGUCGAUGGGUAUUUUCUUUGGCGGGUUUGCGGCGGUCGCGGCUGCCUUGGAGAUCUUGUAGGGGUGGUUGUAGAGGUUGCUCUUGGUCGAUAGGAUCGUCUCACAAUCCCUGAUUUGUGUGAACAGGAUGCCAUCCACAGAACGUCCAUCCAUACUCAUGCGCUGCGCUGUUCAUCCGAGCACAUCUCUCACACCAUGUCCUCACCAUUGCUCCUUCUCGACUUGCUCGCCAAACACCUGCAGCCAACCAGAUAAGACAGACGACACUCAUCGAUGCAGGCAGGCCCUCGUGGCUGCCUCUCUCUCUUUCUGUGUCUGUGUCUGUGUCUGUGUGUGUUGCCAUUCGUUAGUGACCUCGUCGUAUGUGGGCGGCGGCUGCAACUCCAUCUCCUCCGCCCUCGCCAGGACCCUCUCCUUGUCAAGCGGCACAUCCUCCCCGCUUUCAUCGGAUAAGGAGGAGGAGGCAUCAUCGUCCUCUGAGCUGUCGCUCUCAUGGCCAGGGUCCUGGUCGCUCUUCCCUGUGUUUAGCACGGUCGUUGCCUGCGCUGCUGCUCCUGCCGCUGCUGCUGCAUCAACACGUGUUUUCUCCUCUGCAGUCAGACACACACACAGACGUCAUGUGUGGACAUCUAGGAGGGAUGUGUGUGGUGUGUGUGUCUUUCCUUCGUCCUUUCAUUCUUUCUCACUUUUCUGUUUGUCAAGGAAUUCGUCCAGGAGGUCGUCAUACUGCUCGAUGCGGCCCCGGGCUUCGUGCAGCCGCGCGUCGUCCUCAUCAAGCUGGAACGAUCAAACACACGCAGAGAGAGCAGCGAUCGAUGCGCGUCAGUGUCAGGCCUCCCUCCCUCUGUCGGUGCGUGUGUACCUCCCCGAUUUCAUCUUCGUUGUACUCCUCCUCCAUGAUCUUGUCAAACCUCUCGUCAAGGCCGUCCACAACCCUGAACACAGCACAGCACACACAUGAAUGCAAUCUAUCCAUCCUCUCUGUCUGUUGCCAUCUAUCCAUCCAUUCAGCCAUCAAUGACCGACCUGUUGCGCCUGGUCGUUCCCGACAUCAUUGAACCGGUCUCCGAUCGGCCGUCUGUGUGUGGUGGUGCCGAUGCUGCUGCUGCUGCUGGACCCCCCCUGCCGUCUUGUGCGCCAUGUGUGCCGUCCAUGAGUCCCUUCCACUGCAGAUAGGCCUCCAGGUCAGGCCGGCCGGUCUUCUUGGGCGCCCACCCGCCCCACAGCAAGUCGGACUCGUCCACCUGACACGCAAGCAGCACACAUAUCUGUCCGAACGUCCGUCGUGCCGUGUGUAGGUGCCUGCGUACCUCUGGUUGGUCGUGUGCAAGUUGGUCGAAGAAGUCGUCGGUGAUGUCAUCGAAAACCUCGGGCUCCUCCAGCGCACGCUGCACCUCACGCUCUGCAAACAUACACACACAGCCCAGACAUACGCCAACAUCUUUGUACGUCUGUCACGUCACGUGGGUGACGAUGUCUAUGUGUGUCUGUCUGCCUCAUAGAUCUCACUGACUGACCCACUUACCGUCUUUGUUCAUGAGUUGAGGGUUGCGGUCGUAUCGUGGGUCAUAGUGCGACCCCUCCAGGCUCGCCACAUACACACCACCAGCACCCCCGAUGGGCUUGAGGUGCUGGUUGUAGUCGUAGCCGUCCUUGGGGAAGUAGCACUCGCCAACCUGCAUGGCAUGGACCCAAGAAACCAACCAUCCACCACAUCCAGCCAGCCAGCCAGGUUAGUGUGGAUAUAUGUGCGUGCGAGUCAGUCAGCGUCUGCGCGUGCCACUCACCAGCUCUGCCUCCGGUUCGUCCGUUGACGGUGGUGCAGCCACUGCAGCAGCAGCAGCAGCGGCUGGUUGAGCAGGAGAGGCCGGCUCCUCCAAGCCACCUUCAUCCCCUUCCAACUCCUCGUCCUCAUCGUCGUCAUCAUCGUCGAUGUCCUCCCACUCAUCCGCCGCCUCCUCGCCGCCCAGCGCCAGCCGUCGGGCGGUCGCCUCCAGCUCCUGCACCUGACCCAUCAAACAUGCAUGACACACAGGGAAGGAGGGGAGGAAUCUACCUACUGAGCUGAGUCGAGUGGCGUGCCUGCCUGCCUGCCCGCCUUGUGUGCUCACCUCGUCUUCCCACUCGUCGUCUUGGCGCAGGCUGGAAAGGGCCUCGGACGGGAUGUGGGCACGCUGAAGAGACUCAUCAGCCGCACCAUCAGUGCCCUGAGCACGCACGCCCAUCACGACGUACGCUGUGUGGCUUGGCAAGCCUUUGGCGCAAACAAACUGAUUGUGUUGUGCGUGUGUGUUGGUACCUACCGGUUUGUUGGUGAUGUGUUUGAGUACGAAUUUGGAUGCGUGCGGGUCGUCGAUGAGUGCAUCGUGCUGCGACCGGUGCACCACCUGGAAGUGGAGCGCGUUCUUCUUGUCAAACUUCUUCUUCACCUGCACACAACACACCAGCGAUCAGAUGGCCGCAGACAGACACCGUCCAGUCGUCGGACGAAAGAUGGGUCAUGUAUAUCUAUCGUACCAUUUUGAAAUCCGGCCGUCAGGUAUCCAUCCUCAGGAUCUCCGAUUGAAU